UGAAAAUUUGCAUACGAACAAAGCUAUAGAAACGUUAAAUGCACUUCUAUAAAAAUGAUUGCACAUUACGUUGAACUCCUUUAUAAAGCAUUUAGAAGGGAAUAAAAUACCGUAAAAAUUCCUCUUGACUCUCGUCACCUUUCGUGAUUUGUUCAGAAACCAUGAGUGAAGGACUCGGUGCCCAUUGUAGCAAAGACGAUGGAAAUGAGUACAUCGGACCAUGCGCGGUUUGCGGUGAGAAAGAGGCUGUGAUUUGCCAAGGGGUGAAGAUUUGUAUGGCAUGUAAGGUUCUAUUCGAUUAUGCUGUAAGAAGUUUUGAUGAUCCCAUGUGCCACAAUAAAGGAUCUUGCGGCGAUGAAGAUCCGGAAUACAUCUUCCUCUGUAAUUUCUGUCGACUGGACAAGUGCUACAAAGUAGGAAUGAAGUUUAUCGAUCAUUACGAAGAUAUAAAAUAUUUUUAUCGUGAUAUACAGAUAAGAUUAGCUAGCGAACAUAGGGUUAUUAAACGUGAUGAAGACGAUAAAUGGGAAAUUUUAACUAAAGAAUUCUCGAAUCUUAAGCAUUCUUUCCUCCGUUGGAUUUCUCGACAUCCUGAAUUUCAGAAACUAGAUGAUGAUGAAUUUCAAUCUCUCGUGAAGAGAAGGUACGACGACAGAGGGUUAGUAAUGGAAAUAGUGGACCAAUCGUUUGACGUCCACUUGGUUUUGAAAAUAGGCGAGUGCUUUUGGGAUCCAUGGAAAUACGAGAGUAAAGAAAUCACUACGUUAAUGUGCGAUAUUUUAGAGUUAACUCUGCGACUGAGAGAUCAUUGUGAGUCGAGGGAGCAGUUUUAUAAUCUAAAGUUAAAAUUAAUAAUGAGAGACGAUAUCGAAAUGGAAUUAAAUGAAGACGAUAGAAGAGAAGUGGAAGCGUUAAUACCUCUUUUAGAUAAAAUAGAAAUAGAUUUAAGGAUGCUAGUUAGAAAGUUAUGCCCGGAAAAACUGUAGAUACUUCAUAACUUGUAUUGUAAUUAGAUUUUUGCCAUUUAAAAAUGAGCAUUGGUUUAACCUGUUUCUCUCCCUCUUUUUUUUACUCGCAUUAAACGUUGUAUAAAGUGCACAAUGUACUGUACUGUACGCCAUUUGUUUUAACAAUGACAUCAAUUGGAUGUAAGAAUGAACAUGCUCCUAUAAACUUCGUGUCUGAAACCUGUUCUAUGAGCUACGUGGCCAAUUUCCCUUCCCAUAGAAAGUUUUCUUCCGAUUAGACCAUUCCAGAUCGCCCACCUAUUGCCUAUAACAGUGGUUCUCGAUCUCUGGGAGAUCGCGGUCCGAUAAACUCUUUUAUAAGAUGAAGACUCUAAUAUAAAUGCCUUUCAAAUCUUGUUGGUAUAAAGUUCAUACAUUAAAGUGACAUUAUGAUUAUGCCAUAAUUAUUAAUCCUUGUGUAUUAGUAUACUUACGCAUACAUUGACAACUCGGAUGGCGUGUCUUCCGUUUGGAUCUCUCAACUGCCCAUUACGCAACAGAUACAGUUUGAGGAAGACGAAGUUUCUUACGUCAGCAAAGAAAAGAAUGUUGCAAAUAUUCCUCAGCUGGGUCCAAUUAAAAGACUGUGGUACCAGCCAAAAAAACGCUGGUACCAGAAUUUAGAAAAGCCACAGAUUGCAUUCCAGAUUAUACAAUUUACAGGCAGAAGAAACGAAUUUGAUCAAUUAUGUGUUUCUGGAUAAUCAGACUAAAACGAAGAGUUUGAAUUUUGUUUAUUAGGGGGAUUUGUGCCAUUAAACUUUGGUUGUUAAAGGCCAAAGGGCUAGGAGAUGAAAGGGUUUCGUUUAUCGUAUUCCGAGUUGUGUCAGAGUUAAUUAUUUUAUUCAUUAUUAGCAUCUACAAUUUCUUUUUAUAAAACAUAUAAUUCAAGCAUUUUUCCAUUUUAUAAAAGUUUUUAAUAAUAAAUUAUCAUAACAGAUGGCGCCACGCAUGUGUUAACUUUUUUCCGGAAAGUUACACAAUCGUUACCGGAAUUUUUAUACGUAAAUGUGAAUGGCAAAGAGUGGUUUCAAUAUGUUCAUCGCCAGUUUAAACACAACAGAAGUGUUAUUUCACCGAAGAAUUUUCCUUCAGUCAAAAAAGUUACGUUUCGAGAAAUAUCCGCUAGAGGCGCGCUCGUCAUUAUGUAGGUCAUUUUAAUUUUUUUAAAAUAAAAUUUAAAAUUUUUAAACAAAAAAAUAUUGAAUUUAACCCAUAUUAAUCGAUAUUAAUACAAUGUUCGAACUCUUGAUUGGUGGUAGAAAAAAUCCAGUUCUGUUUCUGGAACUGUUUGAACUGACAAGGAAAUAAAAUACCGUAAAAAUUCCUCUUGACUCUCGUCAUCUUUCGUAAUUUCUUCAGAAACCAUGAGUGAAGGACUCGGUGCCCAUUGUAGCAAAGACGAUGGAAAUGAUGAGGAAAUUGGACCAUGUGCGGUUUGUUAUGAGGAGGAACGGGUUGGGAUUUGCCAAGGAGUGAGAAUUUGCGGUACAUGCAAAGUCAGAUUCGAUUAUGCUAUAAGAGAUUUUUAUGAUCCAAUAUGCUACAAUGAAGGAGUCUGUGCAAAUUCCAGAUUAAUCUUCCUUUGUGAGUACUGUCGACUGAACAGGUGCUACGAACUGGGAAUGAAGUUUAUAGAUCAAUACGAUAAAAAUUGCUUCUAUCGUGAUAUACAGCUAAGAUUAGCUAGAGAACAUGGGUGGAUACACAUACCAAUAAAAUAGUCUUUUUUAAAGGAAACUGGCAUUGUUGCAUUUUUACUAGUCUGCUGUAUUGUGUGAACAAGGAUAUCAAAGUAGAUGGUGAGGAUAAAUGGGAGAUGUUAACUAAAGAAUUCGUACCUCUUAGAUAUUCUUUUCUCAGUUGGAUUUCUGGACAUCCCGAAUUUCAGGAACUAAGACCUGGAUUUC